GCUUGUUUUCUGCGCUCUUUCUUUUUUUUUUUUUUCCCACCGUCGAUCUUUCUUCGUCUUUCUCUACACAUACACUCACCAUGAGUACUCAAAUCUCAUCAGAGACUCCUGUCACGAAUGAUCUCGAUGUUCGUCAGGAGAAGAAUCUCGCUGCGGAUGAGUCUUCCUUAUACAUGGAUGAGAAGAGCGCAAUUCCUCCCUAUCCCCAGGAUGCCUUUGGUGAUGAAGAGUUUGCCGAGGUCAAGUAUAAGGUCUUGAAGUGGUGGCAAUGCGGUCUGCUCAUGGUGGCUGAGACGGUUUCGUUGGGUGUUCUCUCCCUUCCUGCUGCUGUUGCUGGAUUGGGUCUUGUUCCAGCCAUCAUCAUUAUGGUUGCGCUGGGUCUGCUUGCGUCAUACACUGGUUUCGUCAUCGGGCAAUUCAAAUUGAGAUACCCCCAGGUUAUGAAUAUGGCCGACGCUGGAGAGGUCCUGGGUGGACGCUGGGGUCGUGAGAUCUUGAGUGUCGCUCAGAUGCUGUUUUUCGUCUUCGUUAUGGCCAGCCAUCUUCUCACCUUUACCAUCGCCAUGAACACCAUUACCGGCCACGGAACCUGUUCGAUUGUUUUUGGCGUUGUAGGAAUGGCCAUUUCCUUCAUUCUCUCUCUGCCACGCACUCUGGCGAAAGUGUCCUGGCUCUCGCUGGUUUCCUUCGUCAGUAUCAUGACCGCUGUUCUCGUUUGCAUGAUCGGAGUGGGUGUUUCGAAGCCAGGAGGCGCCGUUGAAGCCGUUGUCAAGACCGACCUCUAUCACGGUUUCAGUGCUGUGACAAACAUCGUCUUUGCUUUCUCUGGACACGCUGCUUUCUUCGGUCUUGCCGCGGAGUUGAAGGACCCCCGCGAUUUCCCCAAGGCCCUGUGUCUGCUCCAAGGCGUUGAUAUCACCCUGUACAUCAUUUCCGCGGUUGUGAUCUACCGUUUCGCCGGUGCAGAUGUCACCUCGCCUGCUCUGGGUUCCGCCAGCCCAAUUAUCUCCAAAGUUGCCUAUGGCAUUGCUCUUCCUACCAUCGUCAUCGCUGGUGUGAUUUAUGGCCACGUCGCCUUCAAGUUUGUCUAUCUUCGCAUCUUCCGCGGUACCGACCGCAUGCACAAGCGCGAUUUUGUUGCCGUCUGGUCCUGGGUUGGCAUUGCCCUCGCUUUGUGGGUCCUCGCCUGGAUCAUCGCCGAAGCGAUUCCUGUCUUUGGCAACCUGCUCAGUUUGAUCACUGCCCUCUUUGCCAGCUGGUUCACCUACGGUCUCAGCGGUAUCUUCUGGCUCUACAUGAACUGGGGCUUAUGGUGGUCCUCCCCCAAGAAGAUUGCGUUAACGUUCCUCAACUUCCUCGCCAUCACCGUCGCUGCAGUAACAUGCGGCCUCGGUCUCUGGGUCUCUGGAAAAGCCCUCCACGACAACCCAAGCAGCGCCAGUUUCUCCUGCGCGAAUAACGCAUAGAUUAUUAUAUUAUUAUUAUGCCUUACGUCAAAUACACCUACUAAUGCAUAUUCGUGCGAUAUUGAGUUUCUUGGGGUUUCUUGGGGUUUGCUUUUCCGGAUUGGCGUUUCGAUUGGGUCCAUCUUCUUCUUCUUCUUCUUUUCUUUUCUUUUCUUUUCUUUUUGGUCGUGAUCACAUAACUUUCCUUCCAAUGUCGUUGCAUCUGUGCGUGCACGACUGUACCAAAAGCACACAGCAUUGUUUUGUAUAUAUAGGGUAUACCCGCUAUUAUACCUAGCUACGUUGAAUAACCUCGCUUGGCUUUGGAUUGCA